AUGCGCACAGUCCGGGGCCCGGACAACAAUUCACCCCGCGACGCGAUAGUAUCCCACCGCAAAAUGUCUACACCCCAGGCCACCACCCCCCUCCGUCUCCCGCUGGCAUGCCUCCAUCGACCCCAGGAUCGCAAUACUAUUCGGGCCAGUCACUCGUCUAUGGCCAGCCAUAUCCGCAGCAGGGAGUAA